AUGAUCAUCACCGACCUCGUCAGCAUGCUCUUCCGCCUCGCGGAGCUCGCCUUCGCCGCCAUCGUCGCGGGCCUGACGGGCGACUACCUCCACCGCGUGCGCGGCACCUCGUCCUGGUCCCAGGGCCGCUUCAUCUACACCGAGGUCGUCGCGGGCCUGUCCAUCCUCUUCUCCAUCGUCUGGCUCUUCCCCUUCGCCGGCAGCUUCGUGCACUACCCGGCCGACUUCCUCAUCUCGGUCAUGUGGUGGGUCGCCUUCGGCCUGCUCGUCAACUGGCUCGACGGCGGCUGCGGCUACAUCUUCAACUGGACGGGCAUCACCUUGCGCGGCGGCGACUCGUGCGGCAAGUGGAAGGCCGACGUGGCGUUCUGCUUCCUGUCGGCGCUCUGCUGGCUCGUCAGCGCGCUGCUCGGCGUGUACUGGGUGCACCGGCAGCGCACGCGCGCGACGACGGGCACGGCCGCCGGGUACCGCCGCCGGAGGUGGUACCGCCGCUCCCGCAUCUAG